AAAGCGAUGUUACGGGCCGAGGCAGAAAGACGUGCAAAAGGGUCCAUUUAGCGCCGAUGCUCGACGCGGUUUACAGGGCUCAUUUCGCCACCCAUACGCUCCCGCUUUCUCUGACUGGCUACUCAAUCCACCGGCCCUUUGCCUUUUGCCCAACCGGAAAAGUCCCCACCUAACGUUCCUUUUUUUCUGCUGCCCUUCUGGCUAAUACGCCUCUUAUUCGCGGCGGGACUUGGUCACAGCAUCAGUUUCUUGUUUUUCAGAAUGACCCUGAAAGCUUUGAGGGGAAAAAUGACGACUACGAUUGAGUUUCAGGGCAAGAGCCCCGAAUUUGGAUGAAGGCUAGGAGAACUUCGAUGGAGAUCGAAGGGGAUCGGAUGGUUUUCUUUUUGUAGAUUUUUUUCUUUUUUUGGUGGAUCGCUAUUAAUUUUUGCUUCUUUAUGUGGGUUUGUAUAUAUUCGCAUAUUUGUAUAUCUUUUGUUGUCUCUCGCGCCGCAUGUUGGUCUUUUUAGUUCAUUGUAAUCUUCGGCAAUACCACCGCUUCAUCCCGUGUCUGUAUGUCUUCUUGCCUCCUAUGUCGUCGCAGAAAAGAAACCCAGAUGAUGGAGAUGCUCCGGCGGAUGGUGACAAUCCCGAUGAUAAGCGUAGAAAGUUUAGUUUCUUUCGUGUGGUUCAGGAUGCUUUGUUCUCGCAAUCAAUGCAAAAGUUAUUGGAGCCACUCAUACGUAAAGUGGUAAAGGAGGAGGUUGAAUUGGCACUAAGAAAGCAUAUGACCAAUGUGCAAAGGAAUGAUGAAAAUGGAGGGAAAGAAAUCUGUUCUUCCGAGCCAAGAUGCUUUCAAUUGAAGUUCAUAACUGAUAUAUCUCUCCCGGUAUUUACUGGAGCUCGCAUUGAAGGAAGAGAUGGUUCCAACUUGAAGGUGGCUUUGAUUGAUACCCAUAGUGGGAAGAUUGUUGACACUGAGCCACAAUCCUCAGCCAAAGUGGAAAUUGUAGUGCUGGAGGGUGAUUUUGAGAGUGGAGUUGAUAAUUACACUAUAGAAGAGUUUAAGAACAACAUUGUUAGAGAAAGGGAAGGAAAGAAAUCACUUCUUACAGGAGAUACAUUUGUGAACCUCAAAGAUGGCAUUGGUUUGGUAGGUGAAAUUUCUUUCACUGAUAAUUCUAGCUGGACUAGAAGCCGUCGGUUCAGGCUGGGUGCAAGAAUUUUAGACGACAAUAAUGAAACGAGAAUACUAGAAGCAAAGACUGCAUCAUUCGUGGUCAGGGAUCACCGUGGCGAAUUGUACAAGAAGCACCAUCCUCCAUCUCUGCAAGAUGAAGUAUGGAGAUUGCAGAAAAUUAGCAAAGAUGGAGCGUAUCAUAAGCGCCUGAGCCAAGAAAAAAUCAACACGGUGCAAGAUUUCCUAAGUCAACUUUAUGUACAACCUUCAAGGCUUCGUAAUAUUCUUGGUGGCAUGCCUACCAAAAUGUGGGAAGCUACAAUUGAGCAUGCGCAGACAUGUGUGCUCAAUAAGAAGAUUUAUGUGUACAAACCUCACGAUUUGGAACCGAAAAGCGGAGUGGUCUUUAAUGUUGUAGGACAAGUGAUGGGGCUACUUUCAGAUUACCAGUACGUUCCCAUAGAUAAGCUAUCUGAAACUGAAAAGGCUGAUGCUCACAGCUUGGUUAUCUCCGCAUACGAACACUGGGAACAAGUUGAUUCUAUGGAUGAUGAAACUUCUCUUGUAGGUAGCUCUUCUCAGUUCCUUUACACCCCGAGCUCACCGAUGGUGGACCAUUCUUAUGGUAUCAAGUAUUUGGCUUCUCCAAAAUUUAGUGGCUUUGAUUUCACACCAUCCAAUGCCUAUUCUUCUGACAUAAUUUCAUCGAUGGGAUCUAUUGAGAAUGUGAGUGGUUUGGACGAUCAUGCUUUGCAGGCUUUUGAUUCCAUGGUAGUAAGACAUGAUCAGAUUCCAUGUUCCCCAAACUAUCCCAGCUCUUCCCUGAUCUGUGAUUCCGAGCCGCUAAAUUCAUCUUUCUUCGAUGUGGAUCAUAUGCAAGUUUUAGAGUCUGGUUUCCAGUGUAGCUCGAUUUUAGAAUCACGAGCUACUCCAAAAGGUGUUGCACAAACUAGAUGGACUAAGGUAUAUGGUGUGCUGCAAUGGUACUUUUUGUUUAUUAGGAGAAACAAACGCAGAUUUGAUUGAUACAAAGGUGGUCGUGGAAAAGAAAAAAUGGACUAUGGUUGAUACUGGAAAACACACUGAUGUCCAGGUUAAAAUGUGUGCGGUUAUGACGAGAAGCUCGGGGUGGUGCGUGUUAUUUGGUAUGGAGACGGUGCUAUGCAGUUUUUUCUAGGUGCUAUGCAGUUUUUUCUAGGUGCUAUGCAGUUUUUUCUAGGUGCUAUGCAGUUUUUUCUAGGUGCUAUGCAGUUUUUUCUAGGUGCUAUGCAGUUUUUUCUAGGUGCUAUGCAGUUUUUUCUAGGUGCUAUGCAGUUUUUUCUAGGUGCUAUGCAGUUUUUUCUAGGUGCUAUGCAGUUUUUUCUAGGUGCUAUGCAGUUUUUUCUAGGUGCUAUGCAGUUUUUUCUAGGUGCUAUGCAGUUUUUUCUAGGUGCUAUGCAGUUUUUUCUAGGUGCUAUGCAGUUUUUUCUAGGUGCUAUGCAGUUUUUUCUAGGUGCUAUGCAGUUUUUUCUAGGUGCUAUGCAGUUUUUUCUAGGUGCUAUGCAGUUUUUUCUAGGUGCCUUGCUGUGCCCGUAUCUGAGCCAGAAGAAUUUUCUCCCUGAUCAAGCGUGUGUACAUUAUGUAGCAAUUUUCGACACUAUCAGAAAGUAUCUGGUCUCAGUUGAUGGUUGAUCGGAAUGCUCAAGAUACUUAUCUUUGGUUCUUUACGCUAUACAUUUCUGUACAAAACAAACUCUCUUUCAGCCUGUUUUUUACAUUGGGAAUGGGAGGUUUUUUUUAAUAGUGCAUAUAAUUUUUUUUA